AUGAGUGAACAAUCUAACGUACAAGCAGUACAACCAGAACAAGCUCAACAGAUCGCAGCAGCGCAGGCACAAGUCCAGGCGGGGAUGAAUGCAGGUGUAACAUCUGCUGGUGUGCCUUACAGCUCUGGUAUGGGCCAAAACAUGGUAUUUCAAUCCAUGGCAGGAGGAAGUGGUUAUUUCUUCCCUCCAAAUGGUUCUGCCCCAAUGAGCAUGGGAAGUGGAGCUUUUGCAAGUGUUGGAAUGCCAGGAAUGUAUGAAGUAGAUCCAAAUAUGCUUUCAGGUGGCUAUUCUGCACCCUAUGGUUCCGCAAUGGGAAGUAGUUUCUAUCUUCCAAAUCAAUACGGAGGCUCAGGAAUUAUGGCAAUGCCAUAUACUUACGAUCCUUAUGGUUUGAUUAACCCAGGAAUUAUCCCUCCAGUUGCAACAAAGAUAGCUAAGAAAAAGAGAUCAGGAUGUUGUUGA